AUGCCUCUACCAGCACCUGUCACGGCCACGGCCGUGGAGCGAAGCGCGGGGCAAAUGGGUCGCGCAGCCGUUGCUGCCAUGCAGGGACUUCGGCCAAGUUUCGAAGACAGCCAUGUCCUGGACCAGAGCCUGGGAAUCUGUGGGGUCUUCGAUGGGCAUCUGGGGGAUGAGGCCGCAGCCUUCUGCGCAGAACGCUUGCCGCAUCACAUCUCAACAGCGGACGACGACGAAGGCUUACUCCAGGCUUUCGUCGCCUGCGAUGCUGAGUUGAGGCAUGCACUUCCCAAGGGGUGUGAAGCGGGGACGACUGCAACAGUCGCCAAGAUUCAGCAAAACGGAUCUGACGUCCUGCACCUGUUGGUCGCCAGCUGUGGGGAUUCGCGUGCUCUGCUUUGGAGAAAAUCUUCAGAUACUAUCGAGUGUACGCGAGAUCACCGGCCGGGAGACAAGUCAGAGCGCGAGCGCAUCGUAGCUGCCGGCGGCGAGGUCAAUGAUGACUUCGACCCCCCUCGCAUAGAUGGCACGCUGGCAUGCAGUCGAGCUCUUGGCGACUAUGGCUUCAAGCAGGGGCCCGGGGCUGCUACAGAGCAGAAGGUCACCUGCAUGCCGGAGGUGUACCACUGGACUGCCCAACGCGGCGACUGGCUGAUCCUGGCUUGCGACGGGAUCUGGGACACCUUGAGCAACGAGCAAGUUGUGCAGCACGUGUGUAAAGCCUCCAAAGAUCUGGGUGACACGGUUGCUGGCGUCCUCCGGCUUUGCAUCGACAAGGAGGCGGACGAUAAUCUCACCCUGGUUGCAGUGGAGCUGGGCUCUGUGCCGUUGUCGGAGCCCAGUACGACGGUAUCAGCUGGUGACUUCCUCAAGGCGAAGGAUCCAGCUGUGCUGGACCAGUACGCGUCUUUCUGUCUACGCUUUGGGUUCGCCAUUCGUCGGGAGAUGCAGCCGAAGGCACCACCGAAAGCGGUUUUGACCUCGACCGAGCGGGCCCCAGCCGUGCCGCGGUUCGCCAAAAACGGCGGCUACAGCGCGGCACCAGCUGCGAACGGAAGGCUUGUCAACGAACCUGCGCCACCGGCUGCCCACACGCCGCUGGUGGUUGUGGGACCGUCUGGCGUGGGCAAGGGAACCCUGAUUCAGAAGAUUAUGGACACGUUCCCAGGGCAGUUUGGCUUCGCGGUCUCGCACACGACCCGCAAGCCCCGACCCGGAGAAGUGCAUGGCAAGUCUUACUGGUUCGUGGAACUUGAGGAGAUGAAGAAGGAAGUGGCCACACCCGGUCGCUUUUUAGAGCACGCCAGCGUUCACGGUAACCUCUAUGGUACCUCUCAGGCGGCCCUCGACACUGUACGAGACAAGGGCCAGAUCUGCAUCCUGGAUGUCGACGUGCAAGGAGCGCGGCUGAUCAAAGAGGUGCACAGCGAAUUCAAUUACUU